AUGUCUUCUGUCAAUGUCCCACGCUGCACUCCGUUCCAAGGAGAGGAAUGGGCUGCCUACGGGCAGACUGUGGAGCAGCAAAUUGCCGGGGAAGGACGACGACUCCAGCCGACGCUCCAGUACAGCCUGGAGAAGCUGGACAUGGUCCAGAAGUACAAGGUGCAGUUGAAAGUGGAACAGGUCGGCGAACAUAAGUAAGUUCAUUUUGAAUUCAAUGAAAGAGUCUGUAACUACUAAAUUACAGGUACAAAUUCAACGAGAUGGUCAAGGAUUGGGUGGAGCACUGCCGCCUGGAGCAGUCUGACCUGCAGGCCGCGCAGAUCGUCGAGCAUCCGGACGGCUGGAAGACGGGAAUGGAGUGGCUGGGGGAGACUUGCGACUUCUCAAAGCUCUACAUCACCAACAAGCCGGGCUGCACCAAGAAGUUGCACGUAUUUGUGAACCCGCUGCGCAAGUACACGGUCACCUUCGUGCUCAUCUCGGAGAGUGGGCUGCAUUAUUCGGAACACCACGAGGCACACACAUUUGUCGUCGUCUCCAAUUAUGUAAGUGUUUGAGUUUCCCUUCCACCAAAUAAUUCAUUCCAUUUCCAGAGCCAGAAAUUCAAGGCGAAGAAGGCAGAGUUGAAAGCGGCGAAGAGUGCGGAGAAUCCGAGCAGAGCACAGAAAAGACCGUCGGAGAGGACUGCGGAGCCGAAGACAAAGCAAAGGAAGGUAUGUGCUGAUGAAAGUGAGCAGGUUCAGGUGCAACAAGAGCAGCAGGCUCCGUCGGAGGUGAGUUCUAAUGCUCCGUUUCAGAUGAACCCAUUCGAGCAGAAUGAUCCGGAAGGAGACAACGUUGAAUGGGUGCAGAUUGAGGAGGAUGAGGUCGUGCCGGAGGAUCAGGAAGAAGACAACGUUAUCUGGGUGCAGGUAGACGAGGAUGGAGUAGUGCCCGAGGAUCAGGUGUUCUAUGACUACCUCCCAGUGGAGCAGCAGGAGGUGGGUGAUAAUGUUCCAUUGCAGCAGUACCCAUCCGAGAACAAUGAUUCUCAUGGGCAAAAAGUGCUCAUUCAAGAGCAGAUCGAAGAUGAGCAAAUUUUUAGAGACUUCUUCUACACCCCAGACCAACAGCAAUGGAACAACCAAGUGGAGAACGUGGAGAACGUGGUCCCACACCAGGUAAGUACUCAUGUCCCAUUGCAGAACUAUGAAUCCACGGGCAACGUUGCUCAUAACCAGCAAGGAGCACGUGUUCAAGGACAGCAUGUGCCCAGGUAUGAGCAAGUUCGCAAUGCCGAGCAGUAUCCGCUUCAGCAGCCGCAUCAAUCGAUCGCUCAUCCUCAAGGAGCGAAUGCGAUGCCGUCCCAGGUGAGUGCAAAUGCACCAUUUCAGAACAACUGGCACGUGGAGCAACAUUACCAACAACACCAUAAUGGCUACCAGGGACAGCACGGAAACGUCGAGAUGCAUCCAAUGCCGACUGCUCCAGGGACGAGUGGCCAAUGGAAUCCGGCACCUAAUUGA